GAUUCAACCUUCCACGCAACACAUUCAUUCGCCCGAUUCUAUAAAGAUACCUUUUCUCCCUAGCAAGGUUAAGUCUUCAAUUGACAAUCACCUUCUGUUUAUACAGAUUGAGGAUUUAUCAUAUAGUGCAUAGACUAAGUGGCAGAAAAGAAGCUUGUGAUUAGAGGAGGGAUGGGUUGUUGGGAUGGAUCAAGCGACGCGUAUUAGGAAAAGAAAGGCAGAAACCCAAGAAAAUGGACGACUCUCCAAACGAUUGAGCUUGCUUAAUCUCGGUACAUAUUUUGCAUUUAUCUAUAAUUUCUUCAUCCCAAUGAUCCGUUCUCACAGGCUGACAAUUUUCCAGAGAACAAUGGUCAGAAACUCUACGUUCCAGUUGAACAACCCACCUUGAGCUCAGAUCUACCUGCCACCAGCUCCGCAACCACAACGAGUAAUUACAAAUCCAUGAAAUCAAAAAAGAUAAAACAACAAGAUACAGACGAUGUAAUGCAGCUGGAUGACUCCAAACACAAAGUCUACAUCUACAAUCUCGACGACGAGCUAUCCGACAGCGACGCCUCCGACGAUGGGCGGCUAAUAUUUCUCCCCGACAUAUCUAAACAUUUGCGAGAAACACGGAUACCACCUCAUAUACUAGCAAAUAAAGAUGGAGAAUUGGCUGGUGUGAAUAAUCAGCUCAUCUUGUAUGAUACUGCAGUUCCAAGGAAUCACAAUGUGCCUGAAGAACAUGAUUUGGUGCGAAAGGCAUUCUUGGACGCGAGGGAGAAGGCCAGAGCCAAGUGGGAUGAGAGAGCAAGGUUGGAGGGCAGAGGGGGAGGGAAAACGGUGGGCGAGGUUGUACCAGAUCGCGCAUCUGCUAAUAGUAUGAGUGAAGGGGGUGGUGGUGUAGAAGAUAUGAUAAUGGAAGCUGUGGAAGCCGCGGAAGAUGAUCCUGAUGCUAUGGACCUCGGAUAGUGUCCAAUGCUUCACUUGGUGGUGUAUAAGACCAUUUAGUGGGUACUAAUAUCUAUGUAUGUGUUCUGAAUUUCAAUCUUUCAUUG